UAUUCUUAAGCCCCAACUGUGAUCCCUGUCUCUGCCUUCUCUGCCUCCACCGGCCGCAAUGAGCCCCUCAUCGCUCGCCCUCCACUCCCAUUCCGUCUUCGCGCCUCGAACGGGGAUUACGGUCCACCGCAGGCCUCUUCUUCCUUGCCAAAGCGGCGUCGUUUGCUCUGCGAAGCCUGCUGUUUCCUCUACUUCCAACCUCAGCGUGUCUGGCCCCGCCAACAUUGAUGCUGUUGGUCGAAUCGGGUCCUUGAGUCAGGUAUCGGGUGUCUUGGGUUGCCAGUGGGGCGAUGAAGGCAAAGGGAAACUUGUUGAUAUCUUGGCCCACCACUUCGACAUCGUUGCUCGUUGCCAGGGCGGGGCUAAUGCUGGGCACACCAUUUAUAAUGCAGAAGGAAAAAAGUUUGCUCUUCAUCUUGUUCCUUCUGGUAUCCUCAACGAGGACACUCUGUGUGUUAUAGGGAACGGGGUUGUGGUGCAUCUGCCGGGGCUUUUCAGAGAAAUUGAUGGACUUGAGUCAAAUGGAGUCUCAUGCAAAGGAAGGAUUUUGAUAUCUGAUCGUGCUCACCUACUUUUUGAUUUCCACCAAGAAGUGGACGGACUGAGAGAAGCUGAGCUUGACAAAUCUUUUAUCGGUACUACCAAGAGAGGAAUUGGACCUUGCUAUUCCAGCAAGGUUAUCCGUAAUGGCAUUAGAGUCGGUGAUUUGAGACACAUGGAUACUUUUCCUCUGAAACUUGACGAUCUUUUAUUAGACGCUGCAUCAAGAUUCAAGAAUUUCAACUAUAGUGUAGAAAUGCUUAGAAAUGAAGUUGAAAAGUACAAGAGAUAUGCCGAGAGACUGGAACUGUUUAUUGCCGAUACCGUGUAUGUCGUGAAUGAAGCUAUCUCACAAAAGAAGAAUAUUUUGGUUGAAGGAGGUCAAGCAACCAUGUUGGACAUUGAUUUUGGUACUUAUCCCUUCGUGACUUCAUCUAGCCCCUCUGCAGGUGGAAUUUGCACUGGUCUUGGUAUUUCUCCAAGAGCUAUCGGUGAUUUAAUUGGAGUGGUAAAAGCAUACACAACUAGGGUAGGUUCUGGCCCUUUCCCGACAGAACUCUUUGGUCAAGAGGCUGAUCUCCUUAGAUCUGCUGGGCAUGAGUUUGGAACCACAACUGGCCGUCCACGACGGUGUGGUUGGCUUGACAUGGUUGCAUUAAAAUAUAGCUGCCAGAUUAAUGGUUUCUCAUCAUUAAAUCUCACUAAGCUUGACGUUUUAUCUGAUCUUGCUGAAAUCAAGUUGGGAGUCUCUUAUAAACAUGUUGAUGGUACGCCAAUGAAAUCAUUUCCUUCAAACCUUCGCGUCCUUGAGCAAUUGCAGGUGGAAUAUGAAUCACUUCCUGGAUGGAAUAGUGAUAUUUCUUCCGUUAGAAACUAUUCUGACCUUCCUAAAGCUGCACGCGAUUAUGUGGAAAGGAUAGAAGAACUUGUUGGUGUUCCUAUUCACUACAUUGGUGUUGGGCCAGGACGCGAUGCCCUCAUAUUCAAAUAAGUUGAUAUGGAUUGGAUUAGUGUCUAGGGGGGGAGCUCUUUUGAAUUUCCAUGAUCCUACUAGCAAGUUGAAGCUUUUGAUGUUAGAAUUACAUAUUCCAGCUAACUUAGUUUUGGAUGAAUACAAAUACGCGAGGUUUUAGCCUCCUUAAUUUUGCAGUGUUCUUUGUAUUAGCAUUGCUGAGUAUUGAUACUGCGCAAUAAGUGUCCUCUUUUACAGCGUUAUUCCCGGGGCAGAACUUGAUCAGCUUCGGAAUAAGAUGUGGUGUGUGAGCCAUGUCGUGGCACCGAAGUCCUAAAACUUGUACGUAGUCUGGCGCAUGCAAUGGAGAAUGACCUUAUUGUUUUUUUGUGAGCCAAGUAGUUCUUGUGGUUGCUUUCAUUUGAACUUCUUCCCUGUUUGUAUUAUACAAUUAUAUGUUUUACUUGUUUUAAAA